AUGAACAAUUUCGGGCAGAUUCUGCAGGAGAUUGGGGAGUUUGGUGUAUUUCAGAAGCGCUUGCUGUUCGCAUUAUGCAUCCCCAACUUCUUUGUGGCUUUCGACGUGAUUGGCCAGGUGUUCACAGGCAUGAGCUUCCCUCAUCACUGUGACACUGACUGGAUUUUGAAGCCUGGCCCCAACUUGACAUAUGACAGGCAGAAAAAUCUCACCCUCCCUGUGAACCAAGAUGGAGAGUUUGAAAGCUGUGAGAUGUUCAAACCUGUGGAUUUGGAUUUGGAAACCAUUGAAGCGUAUGGGAUUAACAGCACCACAAAGUGUGUAGCUGGAUGGGAUUAUGAAAAACCUGAUGGAGCCUCCAGCAUUGUCACCGAGUUUGAGCUGGUGUGUGACAGAAGUAGUUUGCGAGAGGCGUCACAGUCCAUCUACAUGGCAGGUCUUCUGGUUGGGGCGCUGAUGUUUGGGGCAAUGGCUGACAGGUUUGGUCGCCGCUUUGUGGUCCUUCUUGCAGUCCUUCUGCUUCUGUUGUUUGGUGUUGGUGCUGCUUUUUCACCUAACAUCUAUGUUUACAUAGCUCUCAAAUUUCUAGGUGGCACCUCAAUUUCUGGCAUUGUUGCAAAUUCAUUUGUGAUAGGGGCGGAGUGGACCGAUUCCUCUAGGGUUGCUUUCUGCACCAUUGUUGUCCACUCCUUCUUCCCUGUUGGACUGAUGGUGUUGUCAGCCGUCGCCUAUUUGAUCCGUGACUGGAGGAUCCUGCAGCUGGUGCUCUUCAGCCCUUUGCUCCUGGUCCUGGUGAUCUACUGCUGGAUUCUUCCAGAGUCAGCUCGCUGGCUUAUGACCCAGGGCAGGAAGGAGGAAUUGCAAAAGGAGAUCAAGAGGGCAGCCAGAGUGAAUGGGAAGAACGUGCCAGAAGCUCUGCUAGACAAGCUGGAGAUCGAAAGUGCAUCCAAGAAAGGAAGCAUGCUGGACAUCUUCAGGAUAUCAUAUUUAAGAAAACGUGCUCUCAUAAUGAGCUCUGUCUGGUUGGGAACAAGUUUGGUUUACUAUGGACUGAGUCUGAAUGUUGGCAGUUUUGGCCUGGAUAUCUACCUCACCCAGUUCAUCUUUGGCAUUGUGGAACUUCCUGCACGCCUGGGCAGUUUGCCUCUUCUUCGAUUCUUUGGGAGGAGAAUAUGUCAAGCUGGGUUCCUGUUAUUUGCGGGCUUGGCUUGCCUUGUGAUCCUUGCUAUUCCAGAAGACCUUCCUGUAGUGGUAACAGUCAUAGCGGUGCUGGGGAAGUUUGCUGCCACUGCCUCUUUCUCCACCGUCUAUGUUUAUACUGCAGAACUUUAUCCUACUUUUCUAAGGCAAAACGGUAUUGGUCUAAACUCCAUGUGUGCUCGUGUGGGGGGCAUCCUCGCCCCUCUGAUCAGACUCCUGGGGGUCUACCAUCACUCCAUCCCCAUGGUGUUAUAUGGCGUCAUCCCCUUGAUUGCUGGGGGUCUCUGUUUUUUUCUGCCUGAGACCCUCAAUGUUGGACUCCAGGACCACGCUGAGCCCAUGACAAAAGAGAAUGGGAGUAUUGAAAAUGGAUUAUGCGAUAAAGAGGAAAAAGCACUGAAGGGCACAAAAUUGUGAUUUAUGCUGAAAUAAUUCUAUGAGUUUUCAUAGGUUUAUCAUUGUCCA